UUCCAGCAGCAUGGCCUCUGAUCUGGAAAGCAGUCUCACCUCCAUAGACUGGCUCCCACAGCUUACUUUAAGGGCUACUAUUGAAAAAUUAGGGGGUUCCUCACAAGCAGGACCUCCAGGAGCUGCCCGAAAGUGUCCCCCAGGCUCACCGACAGAUCCCAAUGCCACCCUGAGUAAGGAUGAGGCUGCAGUACACCAAGAUGGGAAGCCACGUUACAGCUAUGCCACUUUGAUCACAUAUGCCAUCAACUCAUCACCUGCCAAGAAGAUGACGCUUAGUGAGAUCUACCGUUGGAUCUGUGACAACUUUCCCUACUACAAAAAUGCUGGUAUUGGUUGGAAGAACUCUAUUCGUCAUAACCUCUCUCUGAAUAAAUGUUUUCGGAAGGUGCCUCGACCGAGAGAUGAUCCUGGAAAGGGCUCUUAUUGGACAAUAGAUACAUGUCCAGACAUCUCUCGCAAGAGGCGGCAUCCUCCAGAUGAUGACAUGCCACAAGACUCCCCAGAGCAAGAGGCAAGUAAAAGCCCCCGAGGGGCUGUUCCAGUCAGCACAGAAGCAUCUUUGCCACCUGAGGCAACCUCCCAGCUGUCACUCCAGAGCACUACCCCCAUUGCCAACUACAGUCAGGGUGCAGGGCCUGUGGAUGUUGCCUCUACUGUAGCAGGGGGGCAGGGCCGUGAAGGGGCUGAUGUGCCAACUCCACUGUACAGUGCCAACCAUGACUUCAAAUUCUCCUAUUCUGAGAUCAACUUCCAGGAUCUUAGCUGGUCCUUCCGAAAUCUCUACAAAUCUAUGCUGGAGAAAUCAUCUUCCUCUCAGCACGGUUUCUCUUCUCUCCUUGGUGAUAUGCAGCCCUCCAACCACAACUAUUAUAUGUACCAGCAGCAGCAGCAGCAAGGCCCUUCAUCAGUGGGUGGUGCCACUCCACUCCACACUCCAACCCCAGAAGGUUGUCCGUCCCAAGGGGGAAAACAGCAGGGUGGUGAAGGUUAUGGCCCUCCACCAGUGAUGUCCAUGCAUCCACCCCCAAUGCAGCAUGGAGGCUACCACCAGCAUCAACAACAUCACCCACACUCCCACCCACAACAGCAGCCACACCAGCAGCAGCAGCAGUCACAGGCUUCAAUCAACAGUGCUGGCUUUGCUUUCCCCCCUGAUUGGUGCUCCAACAUUGAUUCCCUGAAGGAAAGCUUCAAGAUGGUAAACCGGCUGAACUGGUCUAGCAUUGAGCACUCCCAGUUCUCAGAGCUGAUGGAAAGUCUGCGCCAGGCUGAGCGGAAGAACUGGACGCUGGAUCAACACCAUAUUGCCAACCUCUGUGAUUCCCUUAAUCAAUUCCUUACCCAAACUGGUCAGCUCCCUCAUCUGGUUGGCCCACAACAGCCCCCUCGAAUCUCUGAUUCUUGUGCCCUGAACAGUGGCAAACAGGAGCAACCCAUGAAUCAAGUCAAUUCCUAUGGUCAACCCCAGCCUCCCCAUCUCUUCUCCGGGCCAUCUCCUAUGUAUCAGAUUUCCACCCAGGACUCUCCAGGAUAUAAUCGCCCAGCUCACCAUCUGGUUCCUCGGCCUCCAGGGCCUCCUCCAGGUGCCAAUGAGGAAAUCCCUGAUGAUUUUGACUGGGACUUAAUCACCUAGCAAAUUACAGACUUGAUAGCCCGUCCUUUGGAAAGGACGAGGAAGGGGAGGGGGACUUGGGGCCGACCCUCCCCAGCCUCCCUGCCUCACCUGUAUUAUAGAUAUAUAUUCUCUAUCUCCGCCAGAGAAGCCACCACAAGAUGCUGCCGAAGAUAAUCCUUCCUUGCAUCCUGUUUU